UAUAUAAUUGUCUUUCCGUGUUCUGGAGGAAGCUAUAAAUGACAUACUUAUAUUGGGACUGUUGGGCUGUUUGGGUCUCAGCCAUAUUUAGGACACACUUUAUGAUUUAUUAUUAUUUAUUUUUUUUAGUAGCCUGGACCUUCAACGUUGCAAUGACGUCAUGGUAGCCUCGUGCAAUAACACGAUUGAUAUAUAUUUUUAAUUGCAUAUCUGAUUUCUUUUCCCUGCGUCUCUUAAACAGUCUAUAUGGCUCUCUUAGGACCAGUACAAUGCCUCUCAUGAGUCUCCUGGCAACUCCUCAGAGUGACGCUGCUCAAGCUGUUCAAGUGUACACAUAAUAAAAAGUCUGUAUUAUAACAGUGUAAUAAUUAGCACCAAAGCAGACGUCUCCGUUUUUUAACGUCAGCAUGGGGAUUUUACAGGAAGUAAAAUCCAAACAGGUAAUAAAAAUACCGGACGUUGAACACGUGCCAGGAACUCGACCCAUCACAUUGUGCAAAUUUCCGAACCAAUUAUCCUGAGUCAGAAGUGCUGAUAGAGGCACAGAAUGUCCACGAGCAGGUGCGGAAUCACCCAAAUCAGGGCAGUGAUAUCACACCGCAGUGACGUUGGGAUCAGAUCUAGGCCAGCGCAGGGCUAUAUAAACAUCUAGGUUAUGCAGGUUACCACAAGCAGUUCGGCGCUGAAUAAGGAGCGUGUUGUUCAGGUGAUCUGAUCUGUAAGAGUGCUCGAGCUUUGUGGGAAAGAUGCAUUGUGCUGUACUCGCUGCGCUGGCUGUGCUGUGCUGCGCGCUGCACGCGGAUGCCCGACCUGCGCGCUUACGCUCGCGCCCUCUGGACAACUCGGAGACCUGGAACAACGUCAUGGUCAUGGCCAAGCACGCACAAGCACAAGACCGGGACCAUGAGACUCGCCUGAUCCCAGUGAUUGCCAGCGACAAACUGAAAAACGGGGAUGUUUGUUGCGCCAACGUCAAGAUCCUCGAUUACUACCUCAAGCACAUUUUGGACGGUAAGACGCAUGAAGGUGGAGAGCAGCACUAUCCGCGCCUGCACCUGGUCAAGCCUGAUUUGAGCAGAGUGGCUAGAGACCUGGAACCACACUGUAACUCCAAGCAGAUUGAAGUGGAUCACUUGCAAACUUUCACGCAGAACCUCAAAAGAGCCGGAGAGCUGUACAAGAAUAUCACCAAAGCAAAGAACAAGGCCGUUGGGGAGACUGAUAUACUUUUCCAUUAUCUGUACGAGUCCUGCAGUGCCAUCAACGCAUCCUAGGCCUGUGCAAGAACCUUUGCAAUGUUUUCUUAAAAAAAAAAAAAAAAGGCUUGGCUUGGCUUGGGGGGCUGGGGGGCGGGGGGAUGCUUACUAAACUGUAUCUUUUCUUGCUGUUGAAGUAAUACACUCAAGGGUAGAUCUGCUGUACAUUUUGAGUAUAUUUUUUUACCGAAAAAGUGCAUCUAUGCAAAAAGCUAAAAAUGAUUUGAUUAUGUGCCUUAUUGUUUUUUUGUCUGAUGAAAUGUAUCAA